CGUAUUUUGGGGAGGUGUAGGCGCCAAAUGAGCUCGUCGAGUGAGGAAGAUGUUCCGUUAUCCCAGCUUCGUGCCGCGCAAGUGUCCAACCAACGGAGAGAAGUCAACGCGAAGCGGGAGGUGCAGGAACCGCCAAACGAAGCCAAACCUGCGACGACGACGCCCGGUCCAAAGCGCGUGAUCGACGACAGUGACGACGAAAUGCCGCUUCUUUCGAUGAAGAAGGUGAAAGUAAAGAAGGAAGUGAUGGACAUAGACGACAAACCGAUCAAGAAGAAGACCUCGUCGUCCUCCGUCAAGCGCGAACCCAAGUCCGAAUCACCCGUGAAGCUCGAGAAGCGAACGUUGGCAACAUCAUCCAACCAGCGAAAGAUCAAAAAUAUUGCGUACAAGCAACAAGAAGCGUCGGAAGCGCUGUACGAUUCGUUGAAGGGCCGCUUGGUCCAGGAAUUGCUCUGCAGGUGGUGGUAUGCGGUGGAUUGGCCUCCAAAGGACACCAAGCUCGAAGAAACACCCGAACUCCAACCUUUGGAUGGUUUUCCAGGCUCGUUCAUUAGCGUCAAGGGAGACAACAUGGGAUCGAUCGUGGACAAGCGCAACUCGAGCGGCAAGCCGACAUUUACCACGUUCUUUGCCAUGCCAUCCAAAGACGUGCAGGACUUGCUUGUGGUCGCAUAUGAAAACCAGAUCAAGGUACUGAUCAAACACGAAGGCGAGGAUGCACCGCUGCUCAAGGACCUGAAACAAGCUCUCAAGAGUGCGCAGAACAUCAACGCAGACAAGGCCGAGCGGGAAAGCUUCAAGGCGUUGAAGGGCUACGCCGAGUUGGCUGAACGGUUAAAGGAGUUGCGAGAGUGAUGGGGCUCGAAGGCAUUUCUCGUGAUGCGUCGGUUGGAACGAUGGCGUUCGCAUUGGACUAAUGACCAGCGUGAGUCCUUUUCGCCUCGACUAUGCUCCAAAAAAAUCGUCGUUGUGACGAGCUCCUCCUUUCCA